AUGGCCCCCAAAAGGAACGGGGACAUUCGAAGCUUCUUCGCAGGUUCCCAGGCAUCAAAACCAUCAGCCUCGUCCACGCGGAGCUCGCGCGCAACGGUGCCGGCUCCAGGAACCCCGGAGCCACGAAGCCGCGACGAUGCCAAACCUGCAAGACCUGCAACUGCCUCCCUCUCCCCAGCACCCGACCUUCCAUCCACACCUCCCUCCAUGGGCUCCCCAACCCCGAGGGCCCCCAUCAGCCGCGACGUCGUCAUCGCAGCUUCCGAUGAUGACUUCGAUGACUCGGACGACGACUCGCUGCCGGAUGUGCUGAUGCGCAAUACCGGCCCAGCCCUGGCACGGCAGCAGAGGUCAGGCCCAACGGCAACAGCAGCAGCAUCCUCCGCCCGGCCCGGCCUGCUCGAGACACCCCGUGCGAAGCGGACGGCCGACGCGCACGACUUCCACUCAUCACCACUCACCAUCCAGAGCAAGAAGCAUAAGCAGGAUAUCCAAGCCCUGCUGGAGUUCAACCGUCAGGACGCCAAGACCCGGGCCUCUGCUCAGCGCUUCUCCGCCAUGCUGGAGCACGAGGCUGAGAUCCAGCGUGGGGCUGCCGGCCCAGGCGACCCGGAGCAGGACCCGCACUGGCAACAGGACAGGGCGGCGGUUGCGCUCAAGGAGCACAUAAUGGAGGUCGCCACGGCUGCAGCCAAGGACGAGGGAGCAGCAGACCAAGAUGGUGUCCAGAACAAGAUGCGGGUCGUUAGAGCCCUGCAACGCGCCGACGUGGGCGGAGAAAGGAAGCUGUACUACUUCUUCGGACAAGACGAGCCCGAGUCGGAUAUUGUGGGCAGGAAAUUCCCCAGGGCCAAGGCAAAGGGCCCGUGGGCUGUGCUUGACGACGCGCAGGAUCGCGGGAGACAUUUUGCGAGUGGCUUCGCUUACGACAUCCAGAAGAAGCUAGGGAAUCUUCCAGAUGAGAUAUUCCUCUGGGUUCUGGACGAACUAUGCUCAGAAAGGCGAAAGGCGUUGCAGUCCGAGUAUGUCAAGCUGUUGAGCAGUUGCGGCCACCACACGACCCGCCUCGUCACGCCAGCGCUCCUGCAACGGGUGUUCACGCAGCUCGGCGCGACAAAAGACGUCGACAACCUGAUGAGCCCCGUCACUUUGAGAGAGGAGAGCUGGCAGCCGUAUGCGAACAGGGAUUGGUCUUGCGUCGAAAGCAUCCUCGACUUGGUUGGGGCAUUGGCACCGAACCUCACUCCAGCCGCUCGCUCCACGGUGAUGCAAAUCCUUCUGCGCCUGGGCAUGGACAGCUUGGCAGUAGAGAAUUUCGGGUUCACUCAGAGGUGGCGGGAGUCAGUGGAUCUCGUCGCCCGCAGCGUGCCCGACGCGGACUGGACCUCAUUCUGCCAGGAGGUCUGCCACUCGGUGUACCAGAGCUCCCCGAGGGCCACGACGCGGCUGCGGGCCGUGGCUCUCUUGGCCCCCGCCGCUCCGGGUGGUGCCCACACCGCGGCGCUCCAGACACGCACCCUCGACCUCAAGCGGCGGCUGGCAUCCGUGUUUUUCUUUGACGACCUCCAGCGCGCGGACAAACAGCCUGAGGACACGGUCAACAUCCGCGCCGUCAUCGACCGGCUGGAGGAGGCGGACGAGUUUCAAAUCAACCAGGACACGGACUACCACGAGUUCGAGGCGCUGAUGAUGAUGCUCAACGCCGCUCUAGGUGACGCGUCCAGGCAGCAUGACCGGGCCGAGAAGUCGGCAGUCAGCUUCGACGCCGAGGUCGACGAGCUGGCCGAGGGUCUCAAGAGCAUGCUGACACGUGUGGCGCCGCUCAACAGGGGUCUGCACGUCUCUAGGAUCGAGGCCAAGAAUGCGAUGGAGCUGCUGCGUGAGAGGCUGGUAUAUCAGGUCAGGAUCAAGCCAAUCCCGAAGAAAAAUAUCUUUGGUGUGCAUGAGGACGUGGAAGAGGACGUGUCUUUGCCGAAGCAGAGGGAUUUCAUGAAGGGUUUCCUCAGGAAAAAAGGAGGUUCGGAUGUCAAAAUGGAGACAGAGAUGCACUCCAGGGACACCGUGAUGGCUGGGUGA